AUGAACAACGAGAAGCCCCUCUACGAGGCGGAGACUGGCCGCAAGGCGUCUCUUCAAGCUACCGCCGAUGUCAACAUGACUGAAGCGCCUGUCACAUGGAAGGCCUACCUUCUUUGCGCCUUCGCUUCCUUUGGAGGUAUCUUUUUCGGUUACGACUCCGGUUACGUCAACGGUGUUCUCAACUCCCCUCUCUUCAUCGAGGAGGUUGAGGGUCCCGUCUGUCCCCAGGGUCUUGCCACUCCCAGUGGUUGCGCCAUUACCUCCGGUAAUACCUCGCUCAUCGUCUCUAUUCUCUCCGCUGGUACCUUCUUCGGUGCUCUCAUCGCUGGUGAUGUUUCCGACAUCAUUGGUCGCAAGUGGACCAUCGUCAUCGGUUGCGCUAUCUACAUUAUUGGUGUGGUUCUCCAGAUGGCUGCGAGCGGUCGUGACCUCCUUGUCGUUGGCCGUGCUGUUGCUGGUAUCGGUGUCGGUUUCGAGUCUGCCAUUGUCAUUCUCUACAUGUCCGAGAUCUGCCCCAAGAAGGUCCGUGGUGCGCUUGUAUCUGGUUACCAGUUCUGCAUCACUAUCGGUCUCCUUCUUGCUGCCUGCGUCAACUACGCCGUUCAGGGCCGUGGCGACACUGGCGAGUACCGCAUUCCUAUUGGCAUCCAGUUUGCCUGGGGUCUCAUCCUUGGUGGUGGUAUUGCCUGCCUGCCCGACUCUCCCCGUUACUUCAUCAAGCGCGGCAAGACCGAGAAGGCCAGGUCCGCUUUGAUGAAGGUUCGUGGCGUUCACCCCACUCGCGAUGAUGCUGCCCCUUUCCGUGCCAUGGUCGAGUACGAGCUUGCUGAAAUCAUCGCCAACGAGGAGUACGAGCGCGAGCUUACCCCCGCCGGUGGCUGGUUGUCCGGCUGGGCCAACUGCUUCAAGGGAUCUGUCUUCCAGUCCAACUCCAACCUCCGUAAGACUAUCCUCGGUACCUCCCUCCAGAUGAUGCAGCAGUGGACCGGUGUCAACUUCAUCUUCUACUACUCCACACCUUUCCUGCAGUCGACUGGCGCUAUCAGCAACACAUUCUUGAUCUCCUUGAUCUUCACCCUUGUCAAUGUCUGCUCUACUCCCCUCUCGUUCUACGGAAUGGAGAAGUUCGGUCGCCGCACUCUUCUGUUGUAUGGUGCCUUCGGCAUGUUGAUCUGCCAGUUUUUGACUGCCAUUAUCGGUGUCACCCAGGGAUUCAACAACUCCUCUACCCUGGCUGACGGCAGCACCCGCGCCAAUAACAUCUCUGCCGUCAACGCUCAGAUUGCCUUCAUCGCCAUCUUUAUCUUCUUCUUCGCUACCACCUGGGGCCCUGGCGCCUGGGUUCUCAUUGGUGAGGUGUUCCCCCUUACCAUUCGUUCGCGUGGUGUUGCCCUGUCCACCGCCUCCAACUGGCUCUGGAACACCAUUAUCGCUGUUAUCACCCCCUACAUGGUCGGUGUUGAUGAGGGUAACCUCCGCUCUUCCGUCUUCUUUAUCUGGGGUGGACUUUGCACAAUUGCUUUUGUCUACACCUACUUCCUUGUCCCUGAGACCAAGGGUCUGUCUCUCGAGCAGGUCGACCAGAUGAUGGCUGAGACCACUCCUCGUACCUCCGCCAAGUGGAAGCCCACUCACACCUUCGCCGAGGCUUCUCUCGCCAAGGGUGGAGCCGCGAUGAAGGAGGGUGAUGCGAUCUACGUCGACACCGAGAGGAACACCCGCCAGGCUUCCGUUCACUAG